CCAUGUUGAGCUGGGAGAUUAGAGCAAUCAGAUUAGGAGUGCUGCUGACCUGCAGGCAGAGAGGGAGAGAGAGAGCGGGCAGCUCCGAGUCAUUUCAAGCUCUUCUUCCCUGCUUAAUGUUUUCCAUUACUUCAGCUUGUUUGUGAACCUCUCUCUUUUCUGCAUGUUAUUCUACUUCAUAAUCAUUUGAAAAAAAAAAGGUUUUUCACAGUCUCAUGACCCCGUCCAGGGGUUGAGCCUGAGCUGCGGCGCGAUGAAGACAGGCUCUCAGGUCAGCUUGUUACUGUGGAAGAACUGGACUCUACGCAAACGACAGAAGAUCCGCUUCCUGGUGGAGAUCUUCUGGCCGGUGCUGCUUUUCAUCGGACUGGUGUGGCUGAGGAAGGCCAACCCCCUCUACCAACAACAUGAGUGUCACUUCCCCAACAAGGCCAUGCCGUCGACAGGGAUCCUCCCGUGGAUCCAGGGAAUCUUCUGCAACGUCAACAACCCGUGCUUCAGAUAUCAGACCCGGGGAGAGUCGCCAGGCGUCGUCUCCAACUACAACAACUCAGUACUGGCACGGUUCUACGUCGAUGCCCAGGAGCUUCUGCUCAACGACACGGAGGUCCAGCAGUUUGGUCAACUUUGGCGUGAAAUGACGUCCUUCUCAGACUUCAUGGAUACUUUACGCAGCAACCCCUCUGCAGUGUCAGGCCGUGGGCUGAAGAUAGAGGAUAUUCUGAAGGAUGAUGAGGUUCUCACAGCCUUCCUCUUGAGAGACGUUGGCCUUUCAGACUCUUUAGUUUACCAGCUCGUCAAUGCACAACUACGACUGGAACAGUUUGCGUUUGGCAUCCCAGACCUGCAGCUGAAGGACAUAGCGUGCAGCCAGGCGCUGCUGGAGCGCUUCAUCAUCUUCCCCAGCCGCAUGGGCCUGCACGGGGUCCGCAACGCCAUGUGUGCCCUCAGCCAGCCCAGACUGCAGAGGAUAGAAGACAUCCUCUACGCUAAUCUGGACUUCUUCAAGAUCUUCAAGCUGAUGCCCCAGGUUCUCUCCAGCCAGUCUCAGGGGAUCGACCUGCGUGUCUGGGGUCGGGUUCUCAGCGCAACGUCAGAGAGCGUCCAAGCCCUGUUGGAGCGGGACAGUUCUCAGGCGCUCCUGAGGAGCAUGUCCCCUCUGUUCCAGGCUGGAGGCCCGUCCUCCUUCACCCAGCUGCUGUCCAGCGUGUCCAGCCUCUUCUGUGGAUAUCCAGAGGGAGGGGGCUCCAGGGUCCUGUCCUUCAACUGGUAUGAAGACAACAACUAUAAGGUGUUUCUGGGGGUCAACGGCAGCAAGAGCCACAACUACGUCUAUGACGACACUGCCACUCCCUUCUGCAACGCUCUGAUGCAGACCCUGGAGUCCAACCCCGUCACCAAGAUUAUGUGGAAUUCAGUCAAGCCCCUGCUGAUGGGAAAGAUCCUCUUCACCCCUGACUCCCCCGCCACUCGCAAGAUAUUAAAGAGUGCCAACACGACCUUCGAGGAGCUGGAGAGGCUGCAGAACAUGGGCAAGGCCUGGGAGGAGGUGCGGACUCAGCUCUGGGAUUUCUUCAACAGCAGUGUCCAGAUGAACAUGAUCCGGGACACCCUGAAGAACCCGACUGUGACGCACUUCAUAGAUGAAAGUCUGGUGGAAACGAACUUUACCACCAAAGAUAUUAUUAACUUUCUACACAAUGGGCUGGAGGAAGAGAGGGAGGCCGGCAUGCCAAACUUUGACUGGAGGAACAUCUUUAACAUCACCGACCAGAUCAUCCGCAUGUUCAACCAAUAUGGAGAGUGCAUUAACCUGGACAAGUUUGUUGCCUCCGCGGACGAGACCCAGAUGAUCCAUCAGGCGUUGUACCUGCUGGAGGAGAACAAGUAUUGGGCGGGCUUGGUCUUCAUGGACAUGUACCCCUGGACCACAUCGGUUCCCCCGCAUGUCAACUACAAGAUCCGCAUGGACAUCGAUGCAGUAGAGCGGACCAACAAGAUUAAAGACCGGUACUGGGACCCCGGGCCCCGAGCAGACCCCGUGGAGGACCAGCGGUACAUCUGGGGUGGCUUCGCUUACCUGCAGGACAUGAUCGAACACGGGAUCAUCAAGCUUCACACGGGCAACGACUGGCCGCUCGGGGUCUACGUCCAGCAGAUGCCAUACCCUUGCUAUGUGGACGACCUCUUUAUGAUUACUCUGAACCGCUGCUUCCCCAUGUUCAUGGUGCUGGCUUGGAUCUUUACCGUCUCCAUGACUGUGAAGAGCAUCGUGCUGGAGAAGGAGCUGCGGCUCAAAGAGACGCUCAAGGCCAUGGGGGUGGAGAACGGAGUCAUUUGGUACACGUGGUUCAUCGACAGCUUCGUAAUGAUGACCGCCAGCACAGCCCUGCUGACCGCCAUCAUCAUGGGUGGGAAGGUGUUGAAUUACAGCAACCCCAUUGUUGUUUUCUUCUUCCUGCUGACUUUUACCGUGACUACCAUCAUGCAAUGUUUCCUGAUGAGCGUGUUCUUCAGCAAGGCCAACCUGGCAGCUGCCUGCAGCGGCAUCAUCUACUUCACCCUCUACUUGCCCCACAUCCUCUGUUUCGCCUGGCAGGACCGCAUCACCAAGAACAUCAAGCUGGCCGCUAGCCUGCUGUCUCCGGUGGCCUUCGGCUUUGGAACCGAGUACCUGUCCCGGUAUGAGGAGCAGGGUCUGGGUCUGCAGUGGAGCAACAUCCAGACCAGUCCGUUAGAGAAAGACACUUACUCCUUCCUCACCUCUAUCUUCAUGAUGAUGUUUGACGCUGUCCUCUACGGCUUCCUGGCCUGGUAUCUGGAUAAUGUGUUCCCAGGACAGUACGGCAUUGGACGGCCGUUCUACUUCCCACUUCAGCCAUCCUACUGGCAGAGGUCGACACCGUUACACGCAGAGACGGCUGAUCCAGAUCCUGAGAAACCUGAGCCUGAGAACCACGAGAAGGACAUGGAAGAGAGAGGCACGCCAGAGACAUACACCUGUAACGGCUCAGCCAGCAGGAAAAUCUGCAAGCACCAAAGCAAGAGAGAACAGAUGGAGAGAGAAAAGGAGCUCCUGAAACAACAAGAGGACAGUCCAAAGCAGGAGCAGCAGGGUCAAGACCCUGGGAUGGAAGACCAGCUGUUCUUUGAGCCCAACCCAGAGGGCCUGGUGUUGGGGGUGCAGAUUCAGGAUCUGGUCAAGGUGUUUCAUGGAAGCUCUCGUCCGGCUGUCAACUGCCUAACAAUCAAUUUCUACGAGGGACAGAUCACAUCCUUCUUAGGGCACAACGGGGCUGGAAAAACCACAACCAUGUCCAUCCUGACGGGUCUUUACCCCCCCACCUCUGGCACGGCCUACGUCAACGGAAGAGACAUCAGAACUGAUAUAGACACCAUCCGCACGUCUAUGGGAAUGUGCCCUCAAUACAACAUCCUCUUCAAUCAUCUCACAGUGGAGGAGCACAUCCUCUUCUACUCGCUGCUGAAGGGUCGAACUGAAGAGGAGGCAAAGAGGGAGGUGGAAGACAUGCUGGUGGAUCUGGGGCUGCCUAACAAACGAGACGACGAGGCCCAAAACCUCUCAGGUGGCAUGCAGAGGAAGCUGUCGGUUGCCAUGGCGUUUGUUGGAGGGUCCAAGGUGGUCAUUCUGGAUGAGCCAACUUCUGGAGUGGACCCUUAUUCCAGAAGAUCCAUCUGGGACCUCCUGCUGAAAUACAGAGCAGGCCGCACGGUGAUUCUGUCCACUCACCACAUGGACGAGGCCGACCUGCUGAGCGACCGCAUCGCCAUCAUCUCCAAGGGACAGCUGUUCUGCUGCGGGUCGCCGCUUUUCCUCAAAAACUGCUUCGGCGUCGGCUUCUAUCUAACACUCGUACGCCGCAUGAAGGACCUCAAGAAACGGGAGAAUGAAUGCGACUGCGACUCGGACUGCUCCUGCUCCUGCUCCAUCUGCACCGGAUACAAAGACCAGUCUCACAACCAGUACCAGCAGCUGGACAGAGUCAUGGACGGGGAUGUAGAAAACAUCACUGGUCUCAUCCACCACCACGUCCCCGAGGCCAAGCUGAUUGAGAUGAUUGGACAGGAGCUGACCUAUCUGCUCCCCAACAAAGGCUUCAAACAUCGAGCCUACGCCAGUCUUUUUAGAGAGCUGGAAGAGACACUUGGUGAUAUGGGUUUAAGCAGCUUUGGAAUCUCAGAUACAUCCCUAGAGGAGAUAUUCAUAAAGGUCACAGCAGACGGGGAAGCAGCACAUAAUGCCACCUCUGCCGAGCAAUGGAUGUUACAGGGAAGACAAAAUGGCACCAAACUUGGUGUAGAAGGAGAUGAAGAACAAAAUGGCGUGAACGGUACCCAUCAAGCUGACAGCAACUCAGGAAAGGGCUCCAUGCAGGUGAAAGGUUUCUCACUGACCCUGAAGCAGUUCCAUGCUCUGCUGGUGAAGAGGUUCCACCAUGCCACCAGAAGCCAGAAAGACUUCAUGGCUCAGAUCAUCCUUCCUGCAUGUUUUGUCUUCGUAUCUCUGAUCUUCACCACUAUUGUUCCUCCGUUUGGAGAGUACCCCAGUCUGACUAUUUCCCCCUGGAUGUACGGACAACAGUUUACAUUCUUCAGCAAUGAGAGACCAUUAGACCCCACAAUGAAACACUUCACAGAGCGUUUGUUAAACUGGCCGGGCCUGGGCACUCGAUGCAUGGAAGGAGAGCCGCUCGGGAUGCCCUGCAAUAACAGCACCUCGGAGUGGGAGCAACCCGCGGUUUCCCCUGUAGUCAUGAACAUCCUCCAGAGUCCUCAGUGGAACCCACAAAACCCAUCGCCGUCCUGCCAGUGCAGCACCAGUAAGAAGCUGACCAUGAUGCCCAUUUGUCCCGUGGGUGCAGGAGGCCUCCCCCCUCACCAACGAGUGGAGGCGUCAGGAGACACAAUGCUGGAUCUGACAGACAGGAACAUCUCCGAUUACUUGGUCAAAACAUACCCCGAUCUCAUCAGAACCAGUUUGAAGAGCAAAUACUGGGUGAAUGAACAAAGAUAUGGAGGGCUCUCAGUCGGGGGACAGCUCCCCAUCCUGGAUGUGGACCCCAAAGACAUCCAGAAUGUUUUCCAUCAACUGGGACGAAUCCUGAACAUAACUGGGGGUCACUAUUGCAGACGCUCAUUGAGGGAUAUUGGCACUUUCUUACGAUACAUGGAAAGCGAGUUUAAUGUAAAGGUUUGGUAUAAUAACAAAGGCUGGCAUGCCAUGGUGGCCUUCAUGAAUGUGGCCAACAACGCUAUUCUACGAGCCUUUCUUCCCCCAUCUGCUAAAGCUGCUGAGUUUGGGAUCACUGCUGUCAAUCACCCUCUGAACCUCACCAAAGAGCAGCUUUCUGAAGUUACAGUGUUGACGACGUCAGUGGAUGCCGUGGUGGCGAUCUGUGUUAUUUUCGCCAUGUCCUUCAUCCCUGCCAGCUUUGUCCUCUACCUCAUUCAGGAGCGAGUGACCAAAGCCAAGCACCUGCAGUUUGUCAGCGGCGUCAGCCCUUUAGUUUACUGGGUGGCCAACUUCUUCUGGGACAUGAUGAAUUACUCUCUCAGCACUGCCAUGGUGGUUGGCAUUUUCAUGGCUUUUGACAAAAAGUGUUACACAUCACGAGCCAACUUUCCUGCAUUGAUAUCACUGCUUCUUCUCUAUGGGUGGUCAGUGACACCCAUGAUGUACCCCGUGUCCUACUUAUUCAGCGUCCCGAGCACCGCAUACGUGUCUCUGUCCUGCAUCAACCUGUUCAUCGGCAUCAACAGCAGCGCCAUCACUUUCAUUCUGGAGCUUUUUGAGAACAAUCGGUCUCUGCUGAUGUUCAAUGAGUGGCUGAAGAAAGGUCUGCUGGUGUUCCCUCACUUCUGCCUGGGCCGAGGGCUGAUAGAUAUGGCCAUGAAUCAGGCUGUUACUGACGUUUACGCCAGGUUUGGUGAAGAAUAUUCACUGGACCCUUUUCGUUGGGACUUUGUGGGAAAAAACAUUGCUUUUAUGGCCGUUGAAGGCUUUGUUUACUUUAUUCUUAAUCUUCUGAUCCAGUACCGCUUCUUCUUGGACCAUUGGUUAUCCGACUACAAACAUACCCCAAUAAAAGAUGAGGAUGAUGAUGUGGCGGUGGAGAGGAAAAGGAUUUAUGAUGGAGGAAGCAAACUGGACAUCCUGCAGAUCAGAGAUCUCUCCAAGACGUAUGUGGGCAGAAAGAGGGCAGCUGUGGACCGGAUUUGUGUGGGUGUCCCUGCUGGAGAGUGCUUCGGUCUUCUGGGAGUUAACGGAGCUGGAAAGACGACGACCUUCAAAAUGCUGACAGGUGACACCGAUGUCACCUCUGGAGAGGCUACCGUGGCUGGAUACAGCAUCCUGUCAGAGAUUCUUGACGUGCACCAGAACAUGGGCUACUGCCCCCAGUUUGACGCCAUUGAUGAGCUCCUCACCGGCAGGGAGCAUCUCUACCUCUACGCUCGUCUCAGAGGGGUGCCCGAGUCAGAGAUCCCCCGAGUGGCAGAGUGGGGUAUCCAGAAACUGGGCCUGACGGAGUACGCAGGCAGCUGUGCAGGAACCUACAGCGGAGGCAACAAGCGCAAACUCUCCACGGCCAUUGCCAUGAUUGGCUGCCCGUCGCUGGUGCUGCUGGAUGAGCCCACGACGGGGAUGGAUCCGCACUCGCGGCGCUUCCUGUGGAACGCCAUCAUGAGCGUGAUUCAGGAUGGCAGGGCCGUGGUGUUAACGUCGCACAGUAUGGAGGAGUGUGAAGCUCUGUGCACUCGACUGGCCAUCAUGGUCAAUGGGACCUUCAAGUGUCUGGGUACCAUUCAGCAUCUCAAAUACAAAUUCGGUGAUGGCUACGUGGUCACCAUGAAAAUCAAGGCAGCUAAAGCUGGUGUGAGCCCGGAGCUGGAACCUGUGGAAAGCUUCAUGGAGAGCUCGUUCCCCGGGUGCAUUCAGCGGGAGAAGCACUACAACACGCUGCAGUAUGAAAUUGCCUCAUCUUCACUUGCCAGGAUAUUUCAGUUGGUGGUGGCCAAUAAAGACAGACUCAACAUCGAAGACUACUCCGUUUCCCAGACAACACUGGAUCAGGUGUUUGUCAACUUUGCCAAGCUGCAGACAGCCGAAGACGAAGACGUCAAGCCACACAGAAGGACUCGUGCAAGGAAAGACAUCAAGAUCUCGCCGGUAAAAAGGAAAAAAUGAACCUGGAGCUGGAUAUUACAGUGACACUGCUCCACUCCGCAGGGCUGUUGUGUCACACAUUCCUAAAUUUGACAUUUAUGUUUAAUGUUUUACUAGCCAUGUUGCUUUUUGAGAUAGCGAGACCAGUUGCCCACCAAGGUGACUGGUGGGAAGUUUUUUUUGUUUUUGUCUUGGUUUUUUUUACAGCUAAAUCUGACAAAUGUUUGGCUGCAGAUGAGGAUUGAUUUUAUACAAGAUAAUAGAAACUUAAGCAUGUCUGACUCAUUUCUCUGACUCCACGUGAAGUGUUCCUCUGAGCAGCAGAGACCGAUGUAAACGCCACAUAUUUCUGCUUAGACAGACCGGGUUGUAUAAAUAUGUAUAUAUUGUAUGAGGAAUGAAUACUUGAGCACUCCAGAUGCUGUAUUUUUUUCUACAUCAACACACACAUUCAAUUUUAUGUGCUGCAUUUAAUUGAAAAUGACAUUUAAUGCUGUUUUUCAGGACUGUUUCAAACCAACCUGUUUACUUUUGCUUCUGUUCUUUUCAGACAUUAUUGAUUGCACAUU